AUGAGCCUUGAUCCAAGUGCCUUUCCGAGGUCGAACUCCCCCGCAAGCUCCGAGAGCUCCUUAACGCGCACGCGCUUACAAGGAAAGGAAGGGUCACUCAAGAAGGACAAAAGCUACCGUCGCUAUGCGUCAAGUGUCGAACGAGCGCUGUCACUGUUCGACAACGCCCUCCAAGAAUGGGCCGACUACAUCUCCUUCCUGAGUCGCCUUUUAAAAGCACUUCAAACCCACCCGCCAGACCAGCCAAUCGUACCCCAUAAGGUGCUAGUCUCGAAGCGACUGGCACAAUGCUUGAACCCGUCAUUACCAUCCGGGGUCCACCAAAAGGCGCUCGAAGUAUAUACUUACAUAUUUGGGCUGAUCAAGCUCGACGGAUUGUCGCACGACCUGCCUUUGUACCUGCCCGGGCUUGCGCCAACCUUGACCUUCGCUUCACUCACUGUUCGCCCGCUUUUCCUGUCAUUGGUGGAGGGCUACAUUGUCGAUUUAGAACCAUGGGCCAUUCGACCAGCCCUGAAAGCCAUUCUCUUGGCCUUGCUCCCUGGCUUGGAAGAGGAGACAAGCGACGACUUUGAGCCGACGCUAAGGAUCGUCAAUAAGCUUCGCGAAGUAGGCGGGCGGCUUGAGACUCAAAAAACAUCUGAAUCAGGGGCUUCUGGGCAGUAUUUUUGGCAAUGUCUGUUCCUCGCAUCGAUUACAAACCCCAGUCGACGACUUGGUGUCCUAGCCUACUUGAACCGUUACCUACCUAAAUUGGGCAUUCCCAAUCGUCGCCAGAGUGCGACUGAUACUAGCGACGCCAAAGACAUCCCAUCUGAGAUGCUUGCAGCAGCUGACUCCGUCAUACUCCCAGAGCCGGGCUUGUUGAUUAGGUGUUUUGCGUCAGGUCUAUCCGACGAACAACUUCUGGUACAGCGAAAUUUCCUCGAUCUUCUUGUUACUCAUUUGCCAUUGAAUUCUCCAAUUCUACAAAAGCGAAUCACGGACCGUGAUCUCGAAACUUUGAUUGUUGCUGCGGUGGGUGUGGUCACUCGACGGGACAUGGGCCUGAACCGCCGACUCUGGGCAUGGUUCCUUGGCCCCGAGCCUACAAGUGAUCGUGAGCGCUCAUCUGUGUAUGAUCAGAAGAUUCCGACGGAAACUAGCCACGUUUCUGCCGAUGCCAAGGAGCUUUCGCAGUCUCAAUAUUUCAGCCGCGUGGGUUUGCAGCCCUUGGUAAAUGGUCUUCUCAAGAUGAUCAAGCAGGGUUCUCAAAUACCUUCUGAGAGAACAAAGCCCUUCCGCAUUGCUCUCUCCUUGAUGGACCGCUGGGAAAUUGGUGGUUAUAUCGUUCCGGCAGUAUUCCUUCCUACAAUACGCAGUGUUCAAGCGUUCGAAAAGGAGGCUCCUAGGAAUCAUUUUGAGGAAGUCUUCCGCAGUGCUAGUGCCUUUUUUGACGGUGUAGAGAGCAGUGUCAUUUUCUCCGAGCUCUUGGGCUUGGUUGAUUUCCGCUCGAACGACGUGGAGCGUGACCCUGACCAAGUCUUGCGAAACCUUGAUCUUGCCAGGUUCAUCAUUGAUAAUUUCAAUGUGCGAGAAGAAGACAUGCUCCAGAUUCAUGUUCCUUUGUUAACGCUAUCUGUGCUCGUCAGAAUGCGUGAAAUAUCUUUGCACACGGCCUCACCAGGAGCUAGUAUUGACAAAGAAGUUGUGUCUGUUGCAUUGAAUGGCGUGCUGAAGUCAUUGAUUCCUCUGCUUACAGAGAGAGUUUUUUCAAAGAAAACAAGCCAUGAGAAAGCCGCUGCUGAUACCAAGUCUCGAAACCAUGAUAUUUUGAAAAAAAUUCAUAGUUUCUAUGAAAACAGCAAAAAUAGCCUCGAUCUCCCUCCUCUUCCAUUUGGCCCCAAGCAAAUUAGCGAGAUGAUAAUUCGCGAAGCUCAUGAUCUAUCAGUGGAAGCCCUCGAAAGUGAUGAUAACACCUUAUGCCUCCACGACAAAGUUGAUGUCCUUGUAAAAUUGCUAAUGAAGCUACCAAGGUCGCGUGUGCUUCGUGACAGGCGGCUUUACGGGGCAUUGUCUCGAAGAUUAGACAAGAAGGAUAACAAUCCGAGCACUGCUGCUUUUGCAGUCAUCUCUACCAUUGCCUCCGCAUUGACCAACCUUUUUUUCGUCCAUAGCCUUGGUUUCUACAUCAGCUAUGAGGAUGCCUGCGGUCUGAUUCCCAAUCUGGUCGAACAGCUCUGGCAAUACUUGUCGCCAUUGAGCCCGAAAUUUCAUGUUGAAGCGGUCAGGUGUCUAUGGUCGCUUCACUCAAUCUCUUGGGUUGAUCAUCUUGUUGAGGCAUCGAUAACCUCUUUAAUGGUAAAUUCAUCAACCACAAGCUCCUACCAUCUCUCAUCAGAGGAGCAAGCCGAGAAGUUCUAUGUACUUUGGAACCAUAGCCACCAUGGCAUGCAUGAGCAACUCCCAAAGCAGGUCUCUGAGGUUGGGGGAACAUUGUUCUCUUAUCAAUGUUCGAUGCUCGAGCGUCCCUUGUUCAUUGUACUUGAUCUUCUUUCUCAAGAACCUGGAGAUGUGUCUCAGAGUGUCCAGCAAUGGCUUCAAGACCUUCACUCCAUUCAUAGAAUCUUCCAUGUCGUCAUUUUGAAACUUGAGGAGUUGUUUAAGCAUGAUAUGUCUGGCGCAGUCGCCGAAGAAGACUAUUCAAUUCCUCCGGACGAUUACAAAGAGUGCAAUUAUUUGCUGCGGACAGCCUCAAACAUCAUCUCGUCACUUUCUCAUGGCGGAUGGAUCACGCUUCUCACCCACACGUUGGGCCAGACCGAGAAGCGUCCGGAAGCGCCCAAGUCUGAGAAUGGUGGGAAUGUGAAGAGUUUCCAUGCGACAAUAUUUGAAGCUUGCCGCGGAAUCAUCAGCGACAAGGUUUUGACGUCAACACAGGGCAACUUGGAAGGAGAGCGAUUGCAAAGGGAUGCCCUUCAUCUCAUGCGACAACUCCUUCUGGGACCUGGGUCAGAGGACCUCGCAGAAUCCGGAAUUGAUGAUUUUUUGGUGGAUCGCCUUCUGGUUGCCUCAGAUGAGGGCGAUAGUAUUGCAGUACAGGGUGCAAUCAUUGAUGCACUUCUUGCGGCUCUAAAGGUUCGUUUUGCUCAGGCAUACGCACCCGUACCACCUCCCAGGCCAAAGCAUCAACGAGCCACCUCUCGUGAACGUUUGACUAGUCCUUCGAUAUUGUCUUUCACAAGUGAAAAGGCAGAUAAAGGCCAGUCAUUGCCUCAAUUUCCUCGCCCUCCUGAGCGACUUUUGGAUUGUCUGCUCAAAGGCAUUAGCUCAACAAAAUCUCAUGAAAUUGUGGAUAAGUGGAUUGGACUUCUUUGCGAGGUGCUUCCACUUUUUUCUGGCUCGCUUUUCCAAAUUCUCCUCAUGUUGGUGGAAUGCUUCUGCAGAGAGAUCAAAGCCUCCUUUGGAAGGCUUCAGCUCGCGUUUCAACAAACAGAGAAUUGGCCCCAUGACCGAUCUGAACAAGUCACUAUUGCUUUACUCACUGGUCUUGAAACAUGUAUUGCCAACGCCCAUGAGCGUCUCCUCGUAGAGGAAUCGAACAUUCCGGCCGCCAAGAGCCCAGAUCAGCCCCAGGGCUUUUUCGGAAACAUGGUGUCUGGGGUGUUCAAUUCGGAAGGCAACCAAGGCCGAUCCAACACCGCUAAUGAUCGACUGACAGUCCUGCUCUGCUUCCAAGACGCCGCUCGCCUUUGUUUCUCUAUCUGGGCCUGGGGCGCAGGAGAUCGAACAUGCUCUCCAGAUUCCGAAUCAAUUGCAUCCUUCCAGUACACUUCGUUGCGAAUGAGAAAUAGAUCGAGGCGGAUUCUCGAACAUCUUUUCACGGCAGAAGCGCUUGAAUGUCUUGAAACGCUGAUUGAAAUGUGGACAAAAUCCGACACAGAUACUGCAGCGCUUAUCUUCAACCUCUUGCAUACCCUUGAUGGUUCGAGCCCGAAGAUCGCUAUUCCUGCCGUGUUCAAUGCAAUUUACACACGGACGAACCCUAGCGCAUUGGACAACCAUCGCAAGUCAUCUUUAACCACCAGCUUGUCUGAGUCCGAACUAGCCAGUUUCUUGGUCGCCUAUGCUCGCUCUUUAGAUGACGAUGUUCUUGACGAAAUUUGGGCUGACUGUACAAUUUUCCUCCGUGAUGUGCUCAGCAAUCCUUUCCCUCAUCGACAGAUCCUUCCACGUCUCAUUGAAUUCGCGGCUAUCCUAGGUGCGAAGUUGGAGAACACAACAUUCGGUGAAGACCGUCGUAUGCGCAAGGAGCUUGGAGAUGUUCUUCUCCGUCUUCUUACGGCUGUCUUCACUAGUAAACCAUUAGGUCUCAACCAGGACGCCGGCCUCUUAGCGAGAUCUUCUCUCGAUUAUGACCGGACAGCGGUGUCCCAUACUGGGCCGGAUGACAUGCUAAGCAUUCUUGCUGUCUCCAUGCCAUCUUUCAUCACAACUCUAGGUGACUCGGACCGUAUCAAUACCGCCAUCAACGGUGUGUCAACCAAUGUGGUUGGUCCACUCAUCCGCUCUCGACUAUUUCCCAACAACCUCAACCGCAACGUGAUGGUUCUAUUGCAGCAAAUGGCCAAAGUGCCGGCAGCCGCAAAGGUAUGGAAGAAGGAUAUUGCCGAUGCAUUCAAUGAUCCACGCUUCUUUGGAUUGCAAGUGGACCUAAUCAAAAACAAUUGGAUGGGCCUAUUGCGACAGUGGGCUAUUGCAGACAAAGACCGAUUGGGAGAGCUGUUGGGUCGUCUACCACCGCCCAGUGCUGCUGGAAUUAUGUUCGGUGUGGGGGCAUCUGCAGCAAGACUAGAAGCUGAUCGUAGAGCGCAACUCAAUCUGCGUCGUAUUGCAGUGCUCCUGCUGUCUGCCAGUACCGAUUACUUCGUGGGCGAAUUGCCAGGCCUUCUUCAGAAGCUUGAGGAUCUUCUAGCAGCCACCAGCUCUUCUUCCCCAUCAUCCGCAACACGCGCAGAGAUCUUCAUGGUCCUCCGUGCCCUCGUGCUCAAAACGUCUGCUCAGACUAUGGCGCCCUUCUGGCCGAUGAUCAAUGCAGAGCUGCAGGAAGCUAUUUCUGCUGUUCCACAGGGCUUGCAAUCAGAUUCGUACAACCCUUACUCGCUACUACAGGCAUGCAAGCUCCUGGAUAUUCUCCUGGUCGUCGCCCCCGAUGACUUCCAGCUUCUGGAGUGGCUCUUUGUGACCGACACCAUUGAUGCAGUAUACCCGCCCAAUCGCUGGGAGCCGGUUGCCCUUGCUGAUGAGGUAUCCCAAAGCUUUGGAGCGCGGAAUGCUCUUACGCCAUCUGUUUCGCAUGAGCACACGGAGUCCACAACACGCGGUGGUCUGAAGCGGCCGUGGCUUAUCUCAGAACACAUUCGAGAGACGGCCAAAGACGAGAUCGUCGAGCGGGUCUUGCGACCGUUCUUUGACCGACUGAGUAUCUACGUAUUUGAGAGUACGUAUAGCAUGGAAGGUGCAGAUCUAGGUGUAUGCCGGGAUGAUCUGUUGGCGGAUUUGUUUAACGAGAGCACCAUGGCAAAUUAA